GUUGCAGACGUUCCAUUGAAAGUGUUAUCAUUUUCUCCUGUGAAAAUUACGUUCGAAAGCAAAAUUCAAGGAAACUAACAUUACCCAAUCCAUUUCAGGAGGCUAAAUUAAAUUGUGUGACGCCUUUCAUGAUUUGAUAUACAUGCCAGAGAUUCCAUGGCGACGAGGCAAAGGUUGUAGAAGCACGGUACAACUGUGGUUGGAAUGCAGUUCGCAACGAACGGUUGUUUAAUUAACUUCAUUCCACCGGUGCCCUUUGACAGUGGUUUGCGGAUGGAUGAGUGAUGCAUUUAUGAUGUUAGGGACACUAAUUUAUUGCGACGGUUAGGCGUUGUGUGAUGUGCGCGAUGAAUUUUUAAUUGCAGUGCAACCAGGUGUCAAGCAAUCAACGAUCACCAGUGAGGGAGUGAUUGAACCAGAGAGUACUUACACGAUUAUAUUGCACCACAUUCGUCGCAGCAUCACUUCUAAUUUAGCCAUUUAACACGAUUUAUGAAUAAUUUAAUGGGAGAUUGUAAUGACAGAAUGCUGCAAACUAUCGUACGGUGAAAAAUAAGUGAAAAUUCAAAACUACAGCAAACAUGGAUGGAAAUUGAAUAUGGUGGCUCACUUGAACAAACACACUGACGUGUUCACAAACACUUUUUUCCGUGUAAAAUGUGAGUGAAACAUUUUUUUACACCGCAACACAGCACUUUAGUAAAAUAAAACCACUCAUCCUCCCGACUGGUGGAAGAAAUAAUUGUAUUAUUCACUACUUUAACUGUGAUUUAAACUUAAAUUCUCAACAACUAUUGGCCAUUUCUUAAAAGAUUAAUCUUUCUUCAACGCGAGGGUUUUUUUCAACUGACGUGUCCAUCCCAAAACCUACUCAAAUGUCUGAUGUGGCCUGUUCGAGUAGCGAGAAUUAAUACACCUGCGCAAACACUUUGAUUGGUAAAUGUGUAUGCAGAUUGUUUGUACGAUUUGUUCCAAUUCCUAGCCGGAGCUCAAUGCUUGAAGAAACUGUGGCUUGCCACGGUGCGUUUCGUGCGCCACUACAGUGUUAGUUGAAUUUUCACCUCCUCAAGACGCGAAGUGUGCUCGUUUGUGUUCCCUCCCGCGCGUCCAUCAUGUUCUGCCGCCGGUCUGCCUGCCGAGGGCUGAUAGCGCUGCUAGUUCUAUUAGGCUGUAUUGUUAGCUUCUACGCGCUAGAAGCGCCGCCACUUCCCGACGUGGUGCCACUGGCGAAAGCGCUGCAGGGCCACGUCGACAAGUUCAAGAAGCUGCGGGACGACCUGAAAGCGCUGCAAAAUUCCCAGGAUCGCCAAAAUCCGCUCGCCUUUUUCCGCGAAACGAUGCGCAUCAUGGAGGGGUUGCAGUCGCUCGGCAAAGACUGGAAGGAUAUUGAGCGGCUGCAGAACAAGAGCGACCGCGAUCGUGACUUUGAAAACCUGCUGACCGAGAUGGAUCCACUGUGCGGCCAGCGGACGCCCCGGACGGCGUUCUUCGAGAUUAAGCUGCGGUGCAGCUAUACCGAUCUCGGUGGCAAACCGUACUACAGGAUUGGACCGCUCAAGCAGGAGCUGGUGAACCGGGUCCCGUUCGUGGUGACCGUCUAUCACGAUCUGCUGACGGAGAGUGAAGUGCGCCGGGCCAACGAAACACGCAUGAUCGAGCCGAGCGUUCGGCGUCGGCUGGACACCCUCGUACCGAACCUGUACAACGUGGCCGUGCGUGAAGUGAGCGAACGGGGAUACAAUGGUGGCAAAGUGAAAGCGCCCGCCCACAGCAUCAUGCUUUACCUGGAAUCGUAUAAAACAGGUGGUAUGACGUUAUUCCCCGGAGGUACAUUCGUAGUGGCACCCAGGAGCGGAAGCCUGCUGGUCUCCAAGCAGCAUCCCUCGAUCUGUCCGUCCAGUAUUUCUUUAAACGUCAUCACCAAUUUUAAUCUUCCUCUGACGGCGAAAACGCACUGAUGACACGCUUAGAGCUUAACGUUAGUUUGACAGAAAUAAAUUGGCUAGAUAUACAUUCUUAA